AUGGUGCGAUACGGCAUGGAUGAAGCUUCGUUAUCAUCUCCAGAUCCCCUCGCCGACUCCUUGACAUUCCAAGCGCCUCCAAGUUCGAAACCACGAAAGACUCCCACGUCGCGUUUGUCAUUGCCUUUGCCAGCCAGUUCUCCGAAGAAACAAAUUUUCGAAUUGGACGUAGGAAAUACAAUAUCACCACAAAAAAUCAGAGUUACAGUAGAGGCAGAAGAUUCGGAUAGCGAGGAUGAUCAUGCCAAUCUAAGGCCCCAUAACAUGAGCUCUCCUACACCUGCGCAGAUACCUCGACGAAUAGAGCGAACGACGACAACAAGAGUGCCUUUACGAGGACUUUCGGACUCCGAAAAUGAUAACAGUAUUAGGUAUGAGGUAACACCCAAGAGACGCAGAGGUCGACCAAGAAAAUCAGAUACUCCAGUCAAAAGACAAGGCACCCCCAAUCGAGCAGGCAAACGUGGUCGAAAUAGCAUUGGAGGAGAGGUAGACAAUCAAGGCUCAGAUAUCGAUGGCGAAGAAUUACCGGCGGGCGAUUCUAGAUCACGUUCGAAGUCCGUGAAGGGUAUUAAAAAAGCAACACCUCGUAAAAGGAAAGCCAACUCUGAUCUGGUCCCAUCGAGUGUGGUCAAGAGAGGUCGCGGUAGGCCAAGGUCCAAGCUACGGGAAGAAAUACGAUUGUCAGAUGGAAGUGACGUGGCAGAGCAAGUACACACUUGGACUGCUGAGCGCAAAGUGGUAGACACUGACAUUCAUGAGGAAUUGAUGCCCGAAGAGAUUGAUCUUUUGGCAACUAUCAAUGCUAAUUUGCAAAGUCCACCUUCGCCAUACCCAGCCUUGGAAUCCACGCCGAGUUUCCCAAGUAGUGAAGACCUUGAAGAAGAUGUUGUCAUUGCAAGAUUUCAUCCUGGUGAAGAGACUCCUAGAACAACAGGUUGGUCAAGUGUUAUGGAGGCCUCUCAAAUUCCAAGUCCAUCAAAUAAGGCACAAGAGGAAACGAGCCCUCUAAGUGGAAGCGUAAAAAGUGUGGCUCUAUCCCCAGAGUCAAAUGCCCUUAUGGAAGGUGAUGACGAAAACAAUAAUUAUGGGGAGGGUGGGCUUGACGAUGACACUGAUGACGAUUUUGACGAAACUCGUGAGAUGGAUCAAUUUGCCAGCGGAACGAACGAUGCUACCGGAGAAAUGCAGGAAGAGGAUUUCGAAGAAGAAUUGGAUGAUGAUAUGGAUCAUAGACCUGAGUUUGACACUAUCAUGGAGAGUGAAGGAUUUAGUCUAAUAUCACUUAAUUCCGUACCGUCAUUGAGGAAACCUUUGAACGGCUUGCUCCAAGACGAGGGGCAAAACUCGACUGUACGCCCGCAUAACAAAAACAUUCUCUCACUUCACGAUACAGUACAUGAUAACUCAUUUUCGAGCAUAGCACCAGAAAUUCUCGAAGCUGCAACACCAGGCCGAAAACUUAAAAAUUCCCACAUUCUACGCGUUCAGGACACUCGACAUGAUGAUUCAUUUUCAAGUAUACCGGUCCAAAUUCUCCAUGCGGCGACCCCGGCGCCGACGCGGAAAAAGGUCGUGGAGAUGUCACCGCCAGAAAGCUCUGCAGUAACCGAAGAAAGGCCAACUGGGCUUGCUGAUAGCAAGAGUUCGUCGGAAUCUCCCAUCAUGCCUUCGAAAAAGACUGAUGUACUACACGAGGACUUAUCUUCUACCACAUCCGCUCCUCUUGACAACACCACCUCUCGAUUAAUGCGCCAAGCACCAUUCCGACCAAGUUCAAUUAGGAAGUCAGAACUAAUCCAUAAACCGAUCCCACGACCAUCACAAAGACCCCUAAAAUCUUCUCAUCUUGAAACAUUCUCUAAGCCAUCUAAGUCGCCAUCGCCACCAACCAAGGCGCCUAAGCAGACAGCCUCAAUAAAAGGGACCGAGACUGAAGCAUCAAUAAGUCAACAUACUAAACAAUCUGUUGCGCAACUUGCUGAAGGAUCUCUGAUCGACUCUCAGAUUCAUUCGUCCCCGCCUGCAAUGGCUUCACGUAAAUUCACAAAUACAGCACAUAUUCACCAGCAACGACAAACAAACGCUAAGAUGACACAAACACCUGCAAUUGUCUUCUCAUCCCCUACUUUGCCACCUCCUAUCCAGCCGUCAAGACAACCAUCCGAAAGGCCAGAGUCGUCGAACACGAAUGCAUCCUCACCUGCUGAGAAGGCUGGUCGUAUUCUGCAAGAUAUUGUUAUACCAUCAUCAUUGCCGAGGAGUCGAUCCGAGUCUUUAGCUAGUCCAUUCAAGAGUCCAGCAACGGGAAGAAGGUCGAGCUCAAGCAUAUAUCCAGAUACUAAUGCUAAUCGUUCCAUACCUGCUGAGCAGCCUCAAACAUCGGUACCGAGAUUGGAUCCCAAUGAAGAUCUGCUUUUGAAACAUUCUCGAAGGAGGAGCUGGAGCAGGCCCAUUCUUGACGAAGACCCAUUUCUUGCUAAUGGUGCUACACAAAGACGCCCAUCUAUAGAUAAAUCUCAAAAUUUAAGUCUCGAACUGCCUAGCAGCCGUCGUAUGUCGGUUUCUAUAAAUGCGACGGUCACUCCUCAGCACGAAUCGUCAAGAAGUAUCAAUUCUAUGAAUCAGCAAGCUGAAUUGACUAGCCUUGACGAAGUUGUUGAAAAGAUAAUUCCACCGUCAUCAUCGAUGGAGAAGAAAACUGUAGAUGUGAAAAGAACUACAAGUACCUUACAGGAGAAGUGGGCUGCGCAACGAGCUGCAGUGAGCAAACAGAUCUCCACAGCCAGCAUCAAUGAGGUCAUGGUUCUUAGUUCCGACCACGAGGACAACGAUGAUGAAGAUGAAGAUGACGAUCGCUACGGCAACGAUCGGGUUUCUGGGGAAAGGCGGGAAACUACAGUCGAAGAGAAGGAUAUCAACAAUGAAGGCAAAGAAGACUAUGAAGAUGAUGAAAGCUUUGGACUUCUACUAGAGACACUUGACGCGUCCAAUCAGGAAGACCAGCUUCACUCCGAGAGAUCCGACAAUUCGGAAAAACCAAGACGAAGUAAAAUCUCUAGUCUGUGGAGGACAAAUAGCAAACGUUUGGUCUAUAGCGACGAGCAUGCUAGCUUAUCUCCAGACCGCAACACAAAAGCUCCCCCAGUUGAGGAGCCCUCGCCCAAAAGCGUUCCGAAAAAUGUUGAUUUGCCGAGCAAUUCUCAAGCUAAUCCUCAAACCGAUGGUGACGAGACUCUGGAUUUAUCUGGAUGGCAAAUACCCCAGAAGCAGAAUUUCCAACCUAAACUUCGUAGCAUAAGCAACACUAGGCCUGACAUAUCUGCACUUCUACGUUUGUCGCCAUUUGGAGGACUCCCAACUCUUUUUAAUGGAGGAAAAAGACAAGUUACCGAAGAACAAUCAUCUCAUGACAUGCCAGUCUCCCGGAAAUCUCACUUUAAAUUCUCAAAAUACAGUUCAUCCGGCGACACGGAGAAAGAAACAAGCUUAUUCGCUCCAAUUCCUCAGAAAAUGGAUUUUCAACCGCGACUUCGUAAGAAUGAUGAGGCACCAUCAGCUGCACCCUUUUCCCAGCCAUCGACACUUUCAAGAGGUAUUUUUGGGAAAUGGGGAGCAACUAGGACCAAUCUCCCCACUCCAGAUACAUCAUCGUCGUCCUUGGUCGGUACUCUAACGGAUACAUCGCCAAGCAGGAGCAACAAGCUCAAAGCCCAACCUGUCCAGCCCGUUCAACCAGAAAUCCUGCCAAAUCCGCCCUCCCAGCUCCCGACAUCUAAGCCUUCUGCUCCCCCGGAAACAAAAGAAAAUCGUAAUCUACAGAACCCCAAACCCAAAUGGACAGAGCACCGUCUCGAAGCUCCAAUUCCACCCUCUCCCACAAAAUCUAUCCUCCGCUCCCCACAACGCUCCUUCGACCCUCCACCUCAACCCUCUCCCAGCAAAAAUGUCGUCUUCGCUUCCUCCUCUCCACAACCUAGUUCUCCUCUUACCCCCCAACUUUCUCCUACUCACUGGACACGCGAUCACUGGCUCCUCCUUGAUUCCAUCUUACAAUCCUGGAAGCCUGAGAACCAAAACCAAGAAUCCGCAGAUUCCGAACUCAAAGCUUCAGAUGGACCUUUAAAUUCUAAUUACGGAAGAAGAAACUCCACAAGGGUUAUCAGUAGAUUAUUAGGUAAAACUAUUAAUCUCAAAGAUAAAGGAGUAGGAGUUGGCGAAGGUGGUGUAAGGAUAUUUAAAAAUGGGGAUAAAGAAGGAAGAGAGAUAGGAAACGAGAAAAUGAGAUUGGAACAGUGGCACUUGGAAGCAGUAGAUGAAUUUAGGGGUGAGGUUCCAGGAUGGGACGAGGCGGUGGUAGCGAAAAGGGUUUUUGCGCUGCUGGUAGGGGAGGAAAGAAGAAAAAGGGGUAUUGUUGUUUAA